AUGUCCAAAUCCGCCCAAGACAGCCCCUCCCCGGCCAUCGCCGAAACACAUGCCUCCAAAGGCCCCGAACCCUCACGAACCCCAACCAUAACAACAACCCCCAUCAACCUCAAAGACGCCGACGACACAACUACCUUCUACAACACCCACAAACCCCUCACAAACCCCCUCCCACCCGCAGAGGAAUCCCGCCUCGUCCACAAAAACCUGCUCUACCUUCUCGGUCAAACAUGGUGGAUAUCGUUCCUCAUCCAUCUCGACCGCGCCACGCUCUCAUCCGCGAGUACGAUGGGCAUAUUCAGAGACGUGAAAAUGACCAAGAACGAGUAUAAUAGGCUGUUUAUCGUGUUUUAUGUCGGGUACUUGGUGGCAUUGUGGCCCGGGGCGUGGGUGUCGCAGAGGAUCGGGCAUAAGAGGUUUAUCACGGGGUCGUUGUUUUGCUGGGCGUUGUUGGUUGGGGUGCAUCCGGCUGUGAGGACAGGGAGGGAGAUGAUGGCUGUGCGGUUUUUGCUGGGAUUGACGGAAUCGCAGAUUGUGCCAUCGACGGCGAUCCUGCAUCAAGCGUUCUUUCCGCCGAAGAAAUCGCCCUGGGUUCAGUUGUUGUGGUGGACGGCUGGGUCUCUUGCUAAUGUCAUGCUGACUAUGGUCGCUUACAAGCUGAUUAAAGAUGAUAAUGCGGGAACGCUAAUUGGGGGCAUUGCAUCGUGGAAAUGGCUGCAUAUAAUCUGCGCAAUUGUGACAUUCGCUAUAUUCCUGCCUUUGGUAUUCUUCUUGCCAAAUACGCCCGUUGAGGCGAAAUGGCUGUCGACGGAGGAGAAAGUGCAUACGAUAGAGAUGAUCCGGAGAACAAGAGCAGGGAUCGUGAAUUCGACAUGGAAAUGGGACCAGGUCAAGGAGUGCUUUUUGGACAUCAAGAGUUGGUUGUUCAUCUUCCACAUGUUCUUCAACGAACUCCCCAACAACACCUCCGCCCAAACCCCCCUAAUCCUCGUCGGCUUCGGCUUUACCCCCGCCCAAAGCGCCCUCUUCAACAUCGCAAAGCCCCUCUGGGGCAUGGUCCUAAUCCUCCUCUCCGCAACCCUCCUCUACGCCACGAAUCUCGGCACAGGAUACACCUGCGCUCUAUCAUACAUCCCCUGCUUAGUCGGGGGAAUCAUCGAGCUUUCUUCCCCGUGGUCGAAUAAAGUAGCCCUAGUAGUCGGGACACAGAUCUCGUCAUUUAAACCGUCGUAUCUGCUGGGAUUGAAUUGGGCGGGGACGACGACGACGGGUCAUACGAAGAAACUGUGUCUUAUGUCGUCGUGUAUUGUUGCAGCGGCGGUUGCGAAUAUGAUUUCACCGGAAUUCUGGCAAUCAAAAUACAGCCCCCGCUACGUCCUCCCGUGGUCCUUCAUGACGGCCUUCUGGUUCAUAUCGCCCAUGAUGUGUCUAAUCAUCCGGUUUUACUUGAACCACCAAAACAAACUCCGGGAAAAGGCCCUUUGGCUGGGGGAACAGGGGCAAGAGCAGGGGAGUGAGAGUGAGGAGGACAGCAGGGGAGGAUUUUUAGGGGAUAUGACGGAUAGGGAGAAUCCGAGGUUUGUUUAUCCGCUUUAG